AAGUGUAAAAAAAAAACAAACAUGACGUCUAAAACGCGAGCUAAACACUCAGUAAUGGCGACAGGGAUCGAGGCGUUGUACACAAAGACGGUGGACAUGGGGAUGCGGAGGAGGUGAAAAUCACGUGUGCCGACUUGGUGAUUAAUAUACCAGAGGAAUAAAAAAAGAAAUAUCCCUUCAAACCUAUGAUGUGCUCUCCGAGAUGAUGAGGAGCCAGUCUUGCACAGAACACGGAACGAACGCGUACGCAUGUAAUCAAACAUCUAAGACCGACGCCACAGAAUACGUGAUAUCUACUUUAAGAUAUUAUACUGUGUUAUUAUUUCUAUAAUUUUAAAAUAUCGUGAAAAUAGUCGAUCGACGUUUACAUUAUUUAAGUCAGUGUUUCUUGACAAUUAAAUACCAUAAAGUCAUAAACAUACCGUUGCUUUGAAAAGUCGCUGUGUGACUACACUUUUAUUUAAAAUUCGUUCGUCGCGUAAAUAUUGAAAAGAUCGCCGAAAGAUUCACGAUGAAGAUCGAAAACGACGCAGAUCCUUAUAUGUGGUUUGCCGACUGUUUGGGACCUGAGCCGCAGGAUUGGAUGAAGGACGUGGGGCUUGAUUGGUUUGACGAGGAACUGUUGGGUAGACCCGAAUCGCCCACACCGACGGCACCGGUGUCACGAUCCAUGGCUACGGAAGACGAUGUUGACCACCGGAGAUACCGUGGUAGUUACCCGUCAUAUACCAUUGAGUCAUCUGCAUGGCUUAUCCAACAAAAUCAACAGUUAACCGAUUCCGGGGACGAUAACGAUGAAGACGAUUCGUUACCACCGCCCGUUUUGCCACCCAUGAUACCUGGCACCAGGAGUUUUUCUGACCAACUGCACAGGAUCCGGAAACCAUAUGCUUUAGGAUCACCACCAUCUACCUCAACAUCAUCUGGAUUAUUGGAAGUCCAAGACUUUGAUUCAUUUGGACACACAAUAAUAGCCGAUGAGGAAGUUUGUUUUGACAUACCAUUUUUAACAAACGACCAGGUUGAAAAAUCGUUUCUACCUUCAGAUAAUCAGGUGGUGAUGGCCAAAGACGAUUGUGAUGCUAUAAUGUUCGACACAUUCUUAGAGCCACUAUACCAAGGCAAUCCCUGCGACGGAGUAUUGGCGUGCGAAUGGGAAGGGUGCACGGUAAAAGUCGAUGGGCCAGGUCAAGAACCGCUGGUACGGCACAUCGAAAAACUGCACGUGGACACCGCUCCCCGAGGCGCCUGCGCGCAGUACACGUGCCAGUGGCGAGGCUGCCCCAGGCGCGUGCGUCCGUUCAACGCCCGGUACAAGCUGCUCAUACACAUGCGAGUGCAUUCGGGUGACAAGCCCAACAAAUGCACGUUUGCUGGCUGUCCAAAAGCAUUCUCUAGACUAGAGAAUUUAAAAAUUCAUCAACGGUCACACACCGGUGAAAAACCGUAUUCAUGUCAAUUUUUGGGUUGCUCAAAAGCGUUCAGUAACAGUUCGGAUCGAGCAAAACAUCAAAGAACUCAUUUCGAACAGAAACCAUACGCGUGUACAGCAAGUGGAUGUAACAAACGGUACACUGAUCCGAGUUCACUAAGAAAACACGUAAAAAACCAUUCACCACAACCAUCUUCGAAACAUUGGUCCAAAAAUAAUAUUUUACCUAAACCUCAUAUUCAAUUGGAAUUGGCCACUACAACAAAUACUCAGACAAUACGUUAUCCCGAUGAAAAACAAUUCAAAAUAAAAUUAGAAAAGACUCAAUGGUAAAAUGUAUGGUGUAAUGCUAUACAAUUUUAGGUUUAUGAAGUCUGUGAUUUUAAAAAUAAAACUCAUAAAUCUAUAUUAAUUUGUUGUGAUUAUAGUAAAUAAAAGCUGUUGUAAUAAGCUGCUUAAGUAGAUUAAGUUUAGAGAUAUAUUUGAAUUUCUAAUGUCUCUUGUAAUAUUAUAAUCAUACAAUCAAUCUCAUUUAUUAUUAAUAUUUUUUUAUGUUUAAUUAAUAUGUAUACAUUAUUUGUUUGAUCAGUUUUCUUAAAAUUUUACGUACGUUUUUUUUUUAAUUUUUAUAUUUUAUUGUAUUAAAUUUGUUUUAGAAAGUAAUAUUUUAUACAUGAAAAAUAAUGAUAAGUUGAAUAUUGUGAAAAUUAAAGUAAUUAAAAUAAAAUACCUUAUUAUUUUGCUCAUAGUCCGUGUUAUUAUCAUUAUGACUAAAAAAAAA